AUGAAACAUCAGAGGGGAAGUAUCAUGAUGUGGGGUUGCUUUUCCUCGUCUCAAGUUGGUCCAUUAAUCCUUAUCGAUGGGUUAAUGGAUAGCAAAACCUACACUGACCUUAUUGAGAAGCAUAUGCUUCCGUUUGCCAAGGCAAGAAUGCCAAGGGGAUGGUUCUUUCAACAAGAUAAUGACCCAAAGCAUACGUCGAAGCACACAAAGUCUAUGUUCAGUAGACAAAAAGUUCGUGUUUUAGACUGGCUUUCUCAAAGUCCAGACUUAAAUCCGAUUGAACACCUUUGUGAGCAUCUCAAACGACAAAUGAUUGGGUACAAUUUGAAGAACAAGGCGGACUACUUUGCUGAACUUCAACGUCAAUGGUCCUCGAUUGACAAGACAGUACUUGAAAAGCUGGUGAGAUCUAUGAAGAAGAGAUGUCAGGAAGUUAUCAGGAAUCGGGGUUAUCCCACAAAAUACUAA